AUGAUUUUAAUGGAUUCUGAAGAUCCUAAUAACGAUCAAGAAAUUACUAAAACUUCUAGUGAAAUUGUUACUAAUAAUGAAAAGGAAUUUUCUAAAUGUAGUGAUAAUUUUGAAGAAGAUGUUUCAUCAAUUCAACCAAAUAUUGGAAAUAUAAUUAAUAUUGAAAAGGAUAAAGAUGAACAAUUAAGUAAGGUAAAAGAAGAAGAAAAAUAUGUAGAAAGUGAAUUUACAAAAAAAUAUGGUUAUUUGGUACCAUCAAAUGAUUCAAUUUAUGGAAUACAUUCUUAUUCCCAAGAUUAUUCAGGAUACAAAGGUUAUUUUGAUUAUUCUGCAACACAAUGCAUUACAACACCAAACAAUUUAUAUGCAGCAACAUUUGCUAGUACAGAAAAUGUAGAAGAUACCACAUCAUCAAAUGAUGAUAACAUUGUUUCAAAUAAUAAUUUAAAUUAUCAUGAUGAAGAAAAUGUUGAUCAAAAUAAUGAUGAUAAAAAUAGAAAUGAAAACAACUCAGAUGAUAAUUUUGUACUUGAAGAAGUUGUUGAUGAUGAAAAUGAAAAACUUUUAAAUAAUUUGUCUAUAAAUAUUAAAAAAGGAUAUGUUGAUAAUGAAAAUGAAGAACUUUUAAAUGAUUUAUCUAUGAAUAUUAAGGAAGAAUCUGUUGAUAAUGAUAAUGAAGAACUUUUAAAUCAUUUAGCUAUGAAUAUUAAAAAAGAAGACAUUGAUUCUGUUAUAACAAAAAAAAUCAAUGAAAAUGAGACAAGAAAACGUCAACAUUCUGAUGAAAUAAAUGAAUAUGAACCAUUUUUGAAAAAGAAGGAUAUUAAUGAUACAAAAACAAAUAUCGCUACAAAUAAUCUCAAUGACAUUAAUUUAUUUAAUGAUACUUCUUCUAGUAGUGAAACAAUAAAUACAUCUGAUUAUGAUGGUGAUAAGAAGAAAAGAAUUACUAGAAAAAGUAAAAGUAUCAGUAAAAAUCAAGGAAAUAAAAAAAAUAUUUCAUCUGAAAUAAAAAAUAAAGAAAAACCUUUAGAUAUAGGAAAUAAACUUUCCCAAGAAAUGGACAUUUCAUCAGUUUUGGGAACAGAUAUAAGUAUGGGAGUUAGUGCAUUAAAACCUAAAAUAGUUAAUGAGAUCGCAAAAGACGUUGAUGAAAAAAAGGUUACAUUAAACUUAAGAUCAACAAAAAAAGCAUUACCAAAGCCUAAAUUAAAGGUUAUAGUUGCAAAAGAUACAAAAAAUGUUUCUGAUUUAAAAUCAGAUAUUCAAUAUUGUGAUGAAAAUAAAACAUUAAUCAAAAUAAAAGGUUCCAAAAUUGGUAUUAUUGAUAGAAAAAAAAUUUAUACUCAAUUAUUUAAUGCAUUAAAACAACAACAAGUACCUGAAGAGGAAGCUAAAAAAUUAGCUACAGGAAAAGAGCAUAAAUGUGCAAUUGAGGCAUCGGAUAAUUCAAAAUACAAAUCAAAAUGUUACAAUGAAAUUAUGAAAAUAAAAAAACGUGAUUGUUCACCUUUUGUUGAUAAGAAAACCAAAAAGUUAGAGUUUUCAGUUGAUGAUAUUAACAAAUUUCACGAAUAUUUAAGAGAAUAUAUUCUUACAGAAGAACAAUUAAGAAUGAAUGAAUAUCCAAUGUGGGAUUCAGAAAAAUCUGAUUCAUGUGUACAUUAUGAAAAAGGAGGAACACUUUCACACAAAAGUCAUUAUUCGUUACCAGAUGAAAAACAAAGAGUUUGUUAUCGCUGUUCAAAGAUUUUUGAAGUCAAUGAUAAAACAUAUGAGCCAACUAAAAAAGAUGUUGUUUGUGUUUAUCAUUCUGAAAAACUAAUGUUUGGAUAUUCAAGAUACGCAAGAUAUGAUAAAAUAUUUAAUUGUUGUGGAGGAUCAAAUGGCACAAUUGGUUGCAAAGAAGGUGAUGAGCAUGUAACAAUAACCCAGCCAUAUUCUAAUUUAAAACUUUUUAAAGAAUGUCCACUUUCACAAAAAAACACAACUAUUAAGGGUGUUUAUGCAUUAGAUUGCGAAAUGGUAUUAACUGUUGCUGGACAAGAUAUUGCUAGAGUAACAGUUGUUGAUAUGAAUUGUCAAAUUGUAUAUGACCAAUUAAUUAAACCAAGAUAUCGUGUUACAGAUUAUUGUACAGAAUAUUCAGGAAUAACUGAAGAGUUAUUAAAAACAAAUGUUUUAACAUUAGAACAAGUUCAAAAAAAAUUAUUUGAAUUUAUUAAUCAAGAUACAAUUUUAAUUGGUCAUUCUUUUAACUGCGAUUUAAAUGCAUUAAAAUUAAUUCACAAAAAUGUGGUUGAUACAUCAAUAACAUUUCCUCAUAGAAAUCCACAAUUCAAAAAUCCAUUAAAAAAACUUGCAAAACUUUAUCUUAAUAUGGAUAUACAAGAAGCUCAUACUGGUCACGAUUCAGCAGAAGAUGCUAUUGCUGCCAUGAAAUUGUUGAUCGCAAAAUACCAAGGAAAAAUUUAA